UAAAAGUGGUAAAUGGAACGGUUAAAAAUGCCCACAAACGUGGAAAGUCCACCUUGUAAAAAAUCCAACGUUGAAGUAAUGACUCCCCAUAGACUAACCGUUGCAAUUUUAAUCCGUGAUUAUUGCUUAUUUCGGGAUUCAGACCGGUUUAGCUGUGAAGAUGAUGGGGUGCUUAAGGCCAGAUACAGACGAGACUUUUGCGUUUUAAUAUUAAAGUUAUUGCAAAGUCCUGAUCUUAGUUUAGAAGAGUUACGGAACAUUUUAGUCUCAACUAAAUAUGAAGUGCACCAGAGCGUUAUUGAGGCUUUUGAUGAGACACUAGCCAGUUUAUAUACAAACGGAACAGGAACUAUGCUUGAUAUUAUUGAUAGUUUUAACAGGAUCAUGACUUUCAAUGAAAACAUAGCGGCAGGAAUAGAACCAAACUGUUUUGUAAGCAAGAGUAGCAUUGUUGGUUACUAUUUACGAAGACUUAUCGUAAACUUUGAUAAACUCACUUUUUCGGAAGUUACGAGUGUUUAUUUAACUUUUAAAAGGUACUAUGAAGAUUGGCAAAAAAGUUUAACAACACGUGACCAGAUUGCAAUAGAAGUUAAUAAAGUUAUUUGUCCCGAUGAUUGGAGUGCUAACAGAAAUCAGUGGUCAAGGCGUCAAGCUGAGUUAUUUAUAGCGACUCAAGCCGCCCUUUUAACCAAUAAUGAAGAAAAAGCAUUGCCACCUCAAGAACUUCACAAUAGAAUCUCCAAUUUGCUCCAAUCAAACCGAUCUUUGGCAGAAGCUCACUUUUUGUCAUACUUAAAUUACUUAAGAGUGAAGGAAUUUUGCGGCGCCAUUGAUAGUUUAUAUCACUGUUUCGACAGAAGCACUUUAACCGAUACCAAAAUCUCAUCGGAGGAUAAAAGUAAAGUUUACAGAUUUGCGGCACUCAAUCUAGCAAUUUUGCACCACCAUUUCGGCCACAAGGAAGAAGCUCUCGCCUCACUUAGAGAGGCAAUAAAAAGCUCCCAAGUUGCAAACGACAACGUUUGCCUCCAACACGCCCUCUGUUGGCUCUACCGCCUGACCCCAGUCAACAAAGAAAAAUUACUCGAACACUCUGUAGCCAAAAGUUUCGAACUCAACCUAUCCUACACCGCAUCACUCGGUAUUCAAACUUUCGUCCAAUACGCGUGUCUUAUCUCAGGCCAUCCGCACCAAAUUUUCGAAACGUUAACAAAAGGCGAUUUGAUUAAUUGCCAACACAUUUUGCGCGAUCUUAUUUCGAACAGUUAUGCGGUCAAAUCAGCCCUUUGGCAGUUUUACGGCAAGACGGAAAUGUCGUCACUUUGGAGCCAGUUAUUGUUUUAUUUAAAUAUUGAUAAUGGACGUAGUAAUGACGGGAAGGCGGUCUAUGGUGAAGGUUUCUGUUUGGCGAUUUGUAACGUGGCCAAUCACCUUCUAAUGCAAGGAAAUUACAAUUUGGUAAACACUGUGUUGAAUUUUGCGAAAGAUCGGUUUCCAAACGAGCCAAAUUCGCACAUUUGGAUGUUGUGCGAAAAUUUAUUUAUUUUCGUGCGAGCGUUACAUCAUGAAAAUUGGAGCGAAGCUGAAGCUGCAGCUCAGAAAAUUCUAGUCGUGGAUAAGUGGGAGGGUUACUUGAGACUAGCUGAGUUGUACUACUACAAGCAGGAUUACACUGAAGCGCACCGAUUUGUUGAUAUUUUGAUAAAUCGUUUUCACAGCGAUAACAAAUACAAACUUAAAAUUUUCUAUUACGUGAGGGCCAAAAUUUUGCUCGCGGAAAUCCAAUUUUCCAGUUGUUAUCCCGAUAAAGUCUCACCGGAAAUUAUGACUCUUCUUAGCAAUUGUCUCCUAGACACUGAUAAACACAAUUUGGAUUAUCAUUCCGCUUUGAUUCACUUGCACAUUGCCAAUAUUCAGUUAAGUUUGGGAAUGACUAGUCAGGCCCUAAAAAUUUUGGACCGGUGUCUUGUUCAAAUUCUGGCACAUGGGGGCAAUUUCGAUAGAGCUAGGGCCGUUUUGUUGUACGUUAAAUGUCUGGUGGCGCAUUCUGCGCAACUUGAAGCCACUGAAAGACGGGAGAUUAUUUUAAACGCUGCGCAAAUGUUGGAGAAAGUGAAGGAGGAUUUUAGGGCUGUGGAGGCUUAUUCCAGGGUCAAAGACGUGUUAUAUUUGCAGGCGCAACUUUACAAUAGCGUUGAUUUGCGGAGUGAGAGAAACAGAUGCGCUUUGGAAUUUCGGCAAUUGGAUGAAGAAAGAACAACGAAAAAUUAUUAUACCCUAGUUAGGUUUUUGUAAUUUGUGAAAUAAACGCAUUAAUUAAGACAUUA